AUGCGGGCAUCCAUCACCGUGGAGAUGCAAGUUGCUGUACUCUUGCAUUAUGUGAGUGAUGAAGGCCGCCUGAGAAAAACAGCCAACGCCUUCGGUAUCUCCAGAGCGUCAGUGAGCAUCAUAGUUCGCCGAGUAUCGAAGGCGAUCACGCUAUGUCUUGGCCCCAAGUACAUUGUUUUGCCCACAUCGGAGGAAGCAGUGGGAGACCUCGUCAAGAACUUCCACAGACAGCAUGGCUUCCCACAGUGCAUCGGUGCAGUUGAUGGCACGCAUGUGGACAUCAAGCAGCCGCAGGAUCAGUCAACUGACUAUAUCAACAGGAAGGGCCGGUAUUCCUUAAACGUCCAGGCAGCAUGUGAUUAUCGCUAUUGCUUCAUGGAUGUAGUGGUAAAGUGGCCUGGGAGUGUCCAUGAUGCGCGUGUGUUCGCUAAUUCCCGGCUGAACCAGUUCCUGAAGGAGGGUACGAUUCCUCCUUGCCCCCGAAAGCUCCUGGAUGACGAGAAUGCCAUCGGUGUGUUUCUGCUAGGCGAUCCGGCCUAUCCACUGCUGCCCUACAUUAUGAAGGAGUAUGUUGGCGGAGGCUCCACCUGUCAACAACAGUACUUUGGCCUAACACUCUGUCGCUCCAGAAUGGUCAUUGAGUGCGCUUUCGGCCGCUUGAAGGCACGGUUCGGUAUGCUUCGCCGAGCAAUGGAUGUCAAUAUGGAUGACUUGCCAUCCGUCAUCUAUGCUUGCUUUGUUUUGCAUAACUAG